UCGCUACCUGCGUAGGCAGAUAGUCUCACAAUAUGGCAAACUACAAACAUCUCCUCUUAGUUCCCCUGGCUCUGGCUAGUUCAGUACUCGGUAGUCCUGCGAAGAAAUGCGAAAAGACUAGCGUUGCAAUUCUUGGUGGUGGUGUCGCCGGCAUUACAGCGGCCCAAACCCUCAGUAACAGCUCCAUACACGACUUCAUUAUUCUCGAAUACAACUCCGAUAUUGGCGGUCGUAUGCGACAUACCACAUUCGGGCAGGACGCGAAUGGAAAGCCAUUGACGGUUGAACUCGGGGCAAAUUGGAUUCAGGGGUUGGGAACAAAUGGUGGUCCGCAAAACCCCAUCUGGCUUCUGGCUCAAAAAUAUGGAGUCAACAACACCUAUUCUGACUAUAGUUCAAUCCUGACCUAUGACGAGACUGGCUACGUCAACUACUCCAGUCUCUUCGAUGACUAUGAAAAUGCUUAUUCGGUUACCGAAGAGUUGGCAGGGACAAUCCUGUCUGAGAAUCUACAGGAUCGUAACGCCAGGGCGGGUUUUACUCGUGGUGAUUGGCGCCCCAAGAAGGAUAUGAAGAUGCAAGCUGUUGAAUGGUGGGAAUGGGACUGGGAAUAUGCAUACGAGCCCGAAGUCAGUUCGUUGGUUUUUGGUAUUGUGAACUUUAAUACGACAUUUUACCAGUGGUCAGACGAAAACAACUUCGUCGUGGAUCAGCGAGGAUUCAACACCUGGCUCAAGGGCGAGGCAAGCACAUUUUUGAAAAAGAACGAUACACGGCUGCGUCUCAACACCACCGUCACGAACGUCACUUAUAGUGACACCGGUGUGACUAUUACUGAUAGCCAGGGAGGCUGUUACCAGGCAGACUACGCCAUUUGCACAUUCUCACUCGGUGUUCUCCAAAACGAAGCUGUCAGCUUCCAGCCCGAAUUCCCAGAAUGGAAGCAAGAUGGAAUCGACAACUUUGACAUGGGCACAUACACCAAGAUCUUCCUCCAGUUUCCACCGGAUAAGGUCUUCUGGCCCAAAGACACGCAAUACUUCCUAUACGCCGAUCCUGUGGAGCGCGGAUUCUAUCCCGUUUUCCAAUCACUCGACACUCCAGGCUUCCUCGAGGGCUCUGGUAUCAUAUUUGUGACCGUCGUGCACGACCAAUCUUAUCGCGUUGAAGCUCAAACAGACGAGGAAACGAAAAAUCAGGUCCUGGCGGUGCUUCGAGAUAUGUUUGGUGCGGACAAAGUUCCUGACCCAAUUGCAUUCAUGUACCCACGUUGGAGCCUUGAGCCAUGGUCAUACGGAAGCUACUCGAACUGGCCGUAUGGCGUAACUCUGGAAAUGCAUCAAAACCUCCGCGCAAAUCUUGGUCGCCUAUAUUUCGCUGGUGAAGCUACAAGUGCUGAGUACUUUGGUUUCUUGCAAGGGGCUUGGUAUGAAGGUCAGAGUGCCGCUGAACAAGUUGUUACUUGUCUGAAUGGGCAUUGUGCGCAAGAAGUACACUAUUCGCCGCUGUAUGGCAGUACUCCACCGAACCAAUAUGAUGAGCAGAAUGGGUGGACUGUAACUAGUUUUCAGACAAAUGGCUUUUGAGUGCUUGCCCCCUCGCCGCUUUCUCACUGAGUAGAGCCGAGCACGCCUUUGAGCGUGCUGAGCAGACCAGUGAGCUUCAUAUAUGCUAAGAUACAUGCUCAGUGAGUUGAAGCUGAGCACUCUGGUUCACUCCCUGAGCCCAAUGAGCUACUUGACCUCCGCGGUGACCUCGCUUCUUCAGAAUCUAUACCUUUCAACUGGAUUAACCAACGCCAAUGAACUUUCCCUU